GGGGAAUUAUAGAGGAAAAAUCGACACACUACCGGAGAGAUAACAAUGCCAAAGAAAAGCAAAAAAAAGAAUGUGACACGAAGCAAAGAUGAUGAUGAUGAACAGCUCCCUUCUAAACAAAGGAGGGUUGAGCAGAGUGACACUCCUUCCACUCUGUGCUUUGACAGCCCUGCUAGCCUGUUCGAGAGCCUCAUCCAGCCAGUAGGAACAGAACAGUUCUUCAGGGAGUACUGGGAGAAAAAACCUCUCCAUUUGCAGAGGUCUGAUAACAGAACGGCCUCUUACUACCAGUCUUUGUUCCAGCUGUCAGAUCUGCAGAGCCUGUGCUCUCAAGGUCUGCAGUACUACAGGGAUAUUAAUGUUGUUCGCUGCAUCAACGGCAAGAAAAAAGUGCUAAACAAGGAUGGGGAAGUUAAGUCCAGCAUUCUUAGUAGGAACUUGGUUCAGAAUAAGGCCACCAUCCAGUUCCACCAGCCGCAGAGGUUUAAGGAUGAGUUGUGGAGGAUCCAGGAGAAGCUGGAGUGUUUCUUUGGAGCCUUGGUGGGCUCAAAUGUCUAUAUCACACCACAGGAGUCCCAAGGCCUUCCAGCUCACUAUGAUGAUGUCGAGGUAUUUAUUCUGCAGCUGGAGGGACAGAAACGUUGGCGUCUCUACAGUCCUACUGUUCCACUGGCAGCAGAGUACAGUGUGGAGUCAGAGGAAAAGAUUGGCAGCCCAACGCAUGAUUUUAUACUGGAGGCAGGAGAUCUUCUGUACUUCCCCAGAGGAACCAUCCAUCAAGCCAACACUCCAGCAGGAGUGGACCACUCCACCCACCUGACUCUUAGCACCUACCAGAAAAUGUCAUGGGGAGAUUUGCUGUUGGACAUAUUUCCGAGCAUGCUCUGUGACAGCAGCAGGACUGAUGUCAGCCUGAGAGAGGGCAUUCACAGAAGAUUUUUACUGACUAGCAUUGAAGGCCAGGACACCAGCUGUCGUCUGGCAGCUUACCUCAGAUCUCUGGCUGAUGAAAUGGAUAAAGGGAUGCAGAAAGUCCGCUCAACUCACAUGAAGAGAGACUUCAUCAUCAAUAGACUGCCACCAUACAGCCAGCAGCAGCUGCUUACACCAUCGGGGAGUAUUCCUACCUUGGAGGAUACAGUGUGUUUAAGAUUUAAAGACCACAUGGUAAUAACUGUGGAGCCCAACCAAGAGAGAACAGAUGAGGCCACAGUACUAGUCGUCAUCGUCUUACAUUCUUUGAAGAACCAGAGGGAGAACCACAUGAUGGGUGAAAGUGGUGAUGAAGAGGAGGAACAGAACAUUUCCAGGGGUCUGCAGUUCCCUCUGUCCCACCUCCAGGCCCUGCAGCAGCUCCAGCAAGCAGAGCAGCUGGCUGUGGUCCAGCUCCAACUGCCCACACAAGAAGCCAAACUAAGUCUGGUCCUUGCCCUCUGGUGUGAGAGCCUUCUGCAUGUGUUAUAGCACAUUGCCAUGUAAAAAUAUUAUUGAAGAAUUAAAUCCACAUCUGUUGAUUAUUAUGAAUAUUUCAAGACUCUUUGCAGAAGUGUCUGAGGUUAUAUACUCUAGCUUUUUAAUGCUGUAGUGUAACCUAUGGCGUUGAUUUAGCCUCCCAAACAGGUGUGCAUUUGAACCUCACAAUUUAGUUUUUUUUUCAUGUGUGUGUGAUUUCUUUUGUGUAUAGGGUAAAGCCUUUCAAAAAUAGGAGACUGAACUUUUUAAACUGUAAUGACCAAGAUGGAGAAUAGUUUUUGACUAAAAUUAAAUGGCAUAUUCUUCUCCACAGCAUCUCCAUUUCAACUUAUACAUUCAGUAGACCAGCUUGUAAAUUGACAUAUUCUCUGUCAGAAUGUAGUCAGGUUUCCUGGUUAAUGAACUCUCUGCCUCCCAGCCAGCUGAUCCCUUAGUUUGAUUGCUUAACCAUGCCUCAUACAAUUCUAAUUGUCUCUUAACUGUAGGAAUGUGUAUUGUUCAGGUAUCUAAGUGAGUGGCAGCAGGAAUACCUGGACAUUAUGAUGUUUGUGUGACGUACUGAAUAAAGUUGAAUGAAG